AUGGUUAUUCGUCAGGUGCCUCCUCCUCCACGAUCAGUUAUUAUCGAACGUUUUCCAUCUGCUCCGAAAAAACCACGUGAUAUUAUCAUUGAACGAUGGCUUCCUUAUGGACCUCUACCUGAACGUCGUACAAUUGUUGAAGAGGCUUCGGCUGCUAUAACAUAUCCAGAACCACGUAAUAAGAUCAUUAUGUAUGAACGUGUUGAAUCAGAUGUAGUUCGGCAAUUUGAAAAAGAAGGUGUUUUCAGCGAAGAUCCUGCCCAUUAUGUAGCUCGUUAUGGAGAUUCACUUUUAGAUUCAACGACACUUAUUAAA